GAGAAGGGGGAGGAGAAUAAGAGUGAGCUGGUUUGAACACGGAAGCAGGAACAACUUGUCACCUACAGUCGCGUCUUAUUCAACCUGUCGACCCGGAUUUGUCAACGCGGAUUUGUGUCGUAGACGCCUCAGAGUAAACCCAGGACUACAGGAUUAAUUCGCGCUUUCUUCACCGGUGUGUCCGUGGAAAACAAAAUGAAGACGCCUUUCUUGUUUCUCGCGAUAUUUCUGCUCAGCAGUUUGGUCUCAGCACAAAAUGAUGGAUCCAAUGCGCAGAAACCGGGUGCCGGGGCCGCUGCGCAGAAGCCAGAUGCCGCUGACGAUGCGCAGUCACCGGAUGCCGGGGCCACGGUGCAGAAGCCGGAUGUCGCUGACGGGGCGCAGAAACCAGAUGCCGGGGCCGCUGGGCAGAAACCGGAUGCCGGGGCCGCUGGGCAGAAGCCGGAUGCCGGGGCCACUGGGCAGAAGCCGGAUGCCGGGGCCACUGCGCAGAAACCGGAUGCCGGGGCCACUGCGCAGAAACCGGAUGCCGGGGCCGCUGCCCAGAAGCCAGAUGCCGCUGACGGCGCGCAGAAGCCGGAUGCCGCUGACGGCGCGGAAAGUGAAAAUGGAGAUAAAAGAAAGAAAAUUCAGCCGAAUUUUACUGGAAUGAAGGAGGAGGCAGAGAGCAGCCAUUUUUUUGCCUACCUGGUCUCUGCAGCCGUGCUGGUGGCCGUGCUCUACAUCACUUACCACAACAAGCGCAAGAUAAUUGCAUUUCUGUUGGAGGGAAAGCGAUCUAGAGCCGCACGUCGUCCUAGAUCUACUGAAUACCAGAAACUGGAACAGCAGUUUGCCCACACCAUGUUUCUGAAGAUGAUGCUGAUGAAGGAGCACCCCUGCUAG